UCAUGAGGAAUUUGAGGUGUGAAUGGUCAGUAACAUAUCUUUUGUUUCCAAGGGUGGGAGAGGUCUGAGGUGUGAAUUGGUCAUUACAAUGUGUGACAAGCUUGGUAGGAACAUCCUGUGUUUAGUGUUUUGUCCAUUUGAGUACCUUGAAAACGCUUUACAUGCAUUUUUCAUGAUGAAACAAGGCUCUGGACAGCAUCGGGAACUGGAAGAGUUAAAAAAAAAUUAAAAAAUUUUAAAAGCGAUUUGCUGCGUUUACAAGCGUUUUGAGCUUGAAACGCUGAUAAAAUCAAAGUCUGAACACGAGUUUUCUGCGU